AUGGGCUUGACGCGCCUCUGCAGCUGCCUGUUUCAGGGACGCCGCUACGGGCCCCGCUCGCCCUCGCCCUCUUCCGCCUCGCCGCAGUCGGUGCUGGACGAUGUCAGCGCUUGCGAUUCAUCCAGCGAUGCGAGAGAAUCCACAGGUGCAGGGUGCCUCGAGGCCACCCUUGAGGCCACCCUUGAGGACUUCCCGCGCCUGGCCUUGCCACCAGGCGACUUGCGGGUCGUGGCCGCCAUCCGUGCGGCGCAGAGGCGCUGCCUGCCAAAGCAUGCUGCCUUGGAGUCCAUUUGCCUCGAGCCGGUGUGGUGGCUCCACCAGGCGACCAGCCAGGUGGAGCAGGUUCGCAUGCAGAGUGAAGCUUCGGAGGAGGUUACUGCCCAGCAGAUCCAGCAGCUGCUGGAGAUGUCCUUUAAGCCCAGGGAGGUGGUGCUACACACCGAAUUGAAGCCAUUUAUCCCCGACUUCAUCCCUGCACUUGGGGAGCUGCCCUGUGGCUUGGACCCGGAGCCGCCGGCCAUACCCAGCCCAUGGAGGCCGCGGCACCUGGCCAAGUGCAAAUGGCGAGGGGCAGGCGUGUGCCGGAGGCGAUGCCGGAGCUUGGCCAGGCCCUGGGAGUGCCGAGGCACUCGCGCAUGCUGCAGCUGGCAGCGCAGGAGAGGCUGCCGUGCCUUUGCGCGGUGGCUGCGAAGUGCCGCGGGCCGAGCUGUGCGCCGUCGGGUUUCAAGAUGGCGCAGAUGUAAGGCGAGAAGCGAACAGAGGCGGAGGCAUCCCGGUUCGCGAGGCACGAUCGCAGGGGCGGAGCUGCCAGCGCGAGACGCGCAAAGCAAAGACGGCAUUGAGACAGUUGAAGCUCAUGCCGUGGAGCAUGCGCUGGAUUUGGAGACCAUGGAGGGCGCCUUGGAGUGCUUCUUUGAGUUCAUGGCGGUUUUCUUGGUUGAGUACAAGGAGCAGGCGCUUCGCUCGACCUUCCUGGAGCCAAUGAAGUUUUACUACGAUGCCGUGGGCAUGCCUCCGAGGGAGGUUCAAAGCGUCGCAACGUGGGCUCGGGGUCUCCUGCAAGAGCUGGGGCUGGAGGAAGGCGCUUCUUCCACGGCAAGUCCUCCGGACGUGUGGUCCUGCCUUUCGCAGGAUGUCUGGGAGGAGUUCACCCUCAGCAGGAACUUGGGGCUCGGCUUCCAGCAGAUGGAGCUCCAGGGCGUGGCCGUGUCCGCCAAGCAGCCGCAGACGAUGUCGGAGGAGACAAAGUGUCGGCUGCUGUGCACCUUUGCCGGGCACUUCGGCCUUCAGCUGGUUGACAAGGCGGCGGCUUCUUGGGAUGCCGACGUGCAGCGGGCGGUAGAGACCUUGCACCGGUGCUUCUGCGAGGAGUUGCAGCUGCCGCUGGGCCCGCUCCACCCGGAGGCCCUGCAGAGGCUCUUUGCCUGGCUGGGGGUGCUGAGGCGCAGCAGCGCCAUGGUGCUGCAGCAGCUCCUGGAGCCGCGGCGGGACGCCUGUCCGAUCUGCUUCGAGGAGCAGCCAGACGUGGAGCUGCUGGAACAUUGGCAGUCCAAAGGCGACAUUUCAGAGCACCGCAUGUGCGGUGCGUGCCGCCGGGAAUACGGGCAGAGCCGGUGCCCCUUCUGCAAGGAGAACUUGCUGAAGGAGGACUUGAUUGACUUCAUCGAGUCCUUCGCUGCGACCUUGCCAGAGGAGGGCGGCCACGAUGCCCUGGAGCUCUCCCUGGUGCUGGAGCAGUGGCAGUUCCACGAGAUGGACUUUGAGGAGGAGCCGCGAGUCAUGCGGCGCACUGCCCGCUGCAUCAUGGAGCAUCGCCUCCUGCGGCGCCGUCUGCCGCGGGUACUUCGGGAACGGCGGCGCUGGCUCUGGGACGCAGCAGGCCUCCUCUUCCGGCUCUAUGGCUUUGACCAAGUUCGGCAGCUGGCGGGCGAGGCGACCAGGCAGCUGCUGCAGGAUGCUGUGGAGCUGCUGCUGAACCCAGAGCCAGAGGAAGUGGAGCUGCUGGGCCUAGUUUAUGGGCAGGCGCUGCUGGCCUGGCUCUUGUCCAGCGGGCCGGAGGCGGAGGUGCUGGCGGCUGUGACCCGGCGCUGCGGCUGGAGCGUGGUGUUGCACGCCAAAGAUCGCCGCGUGCUGGAGCAGCUGCUAGGCGCCACGCGGCGGGAGUACUUCGCCCUGUCUCACCGUGGCAUUUGGGGCUCCAGGCGACAAGAUAUCGUUUGGAGCCUCCUAGAAGGAAGUGGCAUUUGA